GGGGGAUAAAUAUUGUGCGAGUAAAUCCGGUAAAAGAGAAAACAAAGUAAAGUUAGCUGGUUCUCACUUCUCAGACAAAACAUAAACCAAAUCCUCAAACAAUCUUCUUCAUCUAAUUGAUUGAAAAUUUACACACGCACACACACUAAUUUCGUCGUUUUUUUAUCAAUCUGAGCCAUGGACGUAGGUGAAUUGUGGGCCAUCUUCGGCCCCGGCCUCGCCGGAGCCGUCUUCGGCGCCGGCUGGUGGUUCUGGGUGGACGCCGUCGUCUGCAGCGCCGUCGCCGUCUCUUUCCUCCACUACCUUCCCGGUAUUUUUGCAUCAUUGGCAGCUUUGAUGUUUAAUUGUGUUAGGAGAGAGGAUAUCGAUUACUCUCCGUAUGAUGAUGGUGAAUGGAGAUUAAAGCUUUGGCUUUUCAUUGCAUACGUUGUUGCAUUUGUUUCUUUGGCGGCUUCAGUGGGACUAUUGAUACAAGAUGCACUUGAGGAAUCAGGCCCGUCAUCGUGGACAGGGACUGCUGGUGUAUUCCAAUGUGUGUUCGUUCUGAUUAGCGGGCUGAUUUAUUGGACUUCUCACUCAGAGUGAUACGAAGCUGACAAAUUGUUUUAGAAGUCUACUAUAUUAUGUACAAUUCUCCCUGUUUAAAUUGUGAGAUGUCAAAAUGUCAUGCUUUGUAAAUGUCUUUGUUAAAUAUAACACUAAAAGUACUCCUGAGUAAUGCAAUCGUUAUAUAUUGAAUUUUCAUGCUUUGUAAAUGUCUUGUUAAGUAUAACACUAAAAGUACUCCUGUAUAGUGCAACCAUUAUAUAUUAAAUUUUGGUCUUUGAUUGAAA